CCCGGCCAAUGGGCAGCGGCGAUGGCGGCGGGUGGCGAUGGCGGCGCGGAGCUGGCGGAGCGCGGGGCAGCCGAAGGCGGAGAUGGCCCGGCCCCGGCGGUGGUCCCGGGUCGCGCCCAGGUGUUCGCGACCGUGGUGGACACAUUCCUGGAGAAGCUGGUGGCCGCCGGGAGCUACCAGAGGUUUGUCAACUGCUACCGCUGCUUCUACAAGCUGCAGCCCCAGCUGACCAGGAGCAUUUACGAUCAGUUCAUCUCCCAGCUACAGGCGUCCAUAAAGGAAGAGGUCCAGGAGGUGAAAAAUGAAGGGAAUCUGGAGGGACUCUUUAGUUCACUGGAUAAGAUCGUGGAGGAGGCAAAGGACCGGGAAGAGCCUGCAUGGCGGCCCAGCGGGAUCCCGGAGGAGGACAUCCGCAGCACCAUGGUGCCCUACCUCCUGAAGCACCGCUCCCACCUCUGCAGAGUUCUCAGGGAGAAGGAGGAAGAGAACAGGAAGGUGGCUGAGUCUGUGCUAAUGGGGAGGAACAGGAUUGCAGAGUUGCAGCAGCUGAUCCAGGCUCGCCAACAGGCCUGGCAGGCAAUCAGUAAGGAGCAACAAGAACUCAUCAUGACAUUCCAGGAGCCCCAGUGAGGCUGCAUGAUGUCCCACAGGCUCUGCUGAGACAGUUCAUCAUCCCAAAGCACUGAUGGGACAAGGUGCACGCAGAACCCAAACUGAGAAUCGCCCCAUCAGGCCACUGGAGACUGCAGAGUGACUUAAAUGGCUGCUGGAUUGGCACAGUUUGAUCAGAUUUGGUGCAGAAAAAAUACCAUUGGGCUCUCUGGAAAUGGAUGGCAAUUCCCUAUUUCCUACUCAUUUAGACAGAGAGGAGUGUCACAAAGUGUGUCUGUGCUCUCAUCUGCUCCACUCAGUGCUGUGGUACUGAACCAGGCCUGAUUCCAGUUUCCAAAGCUACAUUUGGGGUUUUGUAGCUGUUUUAGUUUUGUGUUAGACAAAAUUUAGUGCCUUGAGUCCCAGACCAGGAGCCCACAAGCCCAUCAGCAGUACACCAAGGGUGGGUCACAGGCAAUGCUCCUGCUGGUGCUUGCAGGUUCAUUCAGUCUCCAUGUGUUCAAACCACUGCCCAUUGCAGAUGUGGCAGCAGCAGCUGCACCCAGUUUGUUACCAUUCAUUCUGUUCUUCAAAUUAUUUUCUAUCCCUGGUCCUCUCCCAGCAGCCUGAGGUAUCUUGGGGUCUGUGAAGAGGUUGGAACAGGCCUGCUUGCACUUUGUGAGCUUCUGUAGCACAGGGGUUUAAUGUUUUUCUCUGGAACUUUCUAGAAGCAGACUGGUUUUUCCCUACCCAGAGUUGUCUGUUACUGCCUCAGCGGAAGUUUGUGGGCUGGGGAAGCAAGGGCUCCCAGGAUCUCCCUGGCAGGGCCCCAGGAGUGAUGUGUGCCCCCAGCAUGAACAGGUUGUUCCUUGGGGAAUGAGGAGAGUCCCCCCUGCACCUGAUGAGGACGGAGAGGUUCUGAGUCCAGCAGCCACUGAGGUCAGGUCUCCAAGGAGAGGCCGUGCCCUGUGACAAACGGGGGAGCAGCAGUGGCCGCUUGCACCACACCCCAACCUCUGUUUACAAUUAAAGGCUGAGUCAGAAUGGC